CCAGAAUUGCCAAGCGGUAGAAGAGAAGGAAACCAAGUAGACCAACCCGGCCCCGGCGGCGCGGCCUCAAACGGCCAAAGAAGCAAGAAGAGGAAGCUGGAAUUCGAUGCUAGGGUUCCGUUCCAGCCAUGCCCCCUCUCUUCCUCCUCUUCAAACGUUCCCCGUCCAAAAAUCUUUUCAAAAUAUCCACCUUUAGAUCUCUCCCUCUCCUCCUCCCCUUCUCCACUUCCGCCGCCCCUCUCCCCUUCUCCCCCUUGCUAGACUCCAAACCAAGCUCUGACCCUAACCCUAGCUUCGAUUCUUCCCUGCUUGCCGCCUCCGUUAAAGACUGGUUCCGCCUCGGCGCCGACCCCCUCUCGCCGCUCGACCGAAUCUACGCCGCCCUCGCCGGCGCCCCCGACGAGUCCUCACUUGACGCCACCUUCGACCGCCUGCGCAUCCCCCUCUCCGAGUCCCUCGUGCUCCAGACCCUCCGCCACCGUCCCCACCCCGCCGUCACCCCGCCCUCCGCCCCUCUUCUCCUCCUCCGCCUCCGCUUCUUCGACUGGUCCGGGCACCAGCCCGGCUACCGCCACUCGCGCGCCGCCUACCACGCCGUCUUCCGCCUCCUCUCCCGCGCUCGCCUCGUUUCCGUCGUCCUUGACUGGCUCCGCAUCUUCUCCCCCUCCUCCUGCCACCCCUUCCUCCUCACCUCGAACGCCGCUGCGCCACACCCCCGCUUCCACGAGACCCUCAUCGUCGGCUACGCCGUCGCCGGCAAGCCCGAGCUCGCCCUCCAGCUCCUCGCACGCAUGCGCUUCCAUGGCCUAGACCUCGACGCCUUCUCCUACCACGUCCUCCUCAACUCCUUCGUCGAGGCCUCCAUCUUCGACUUUGCCGACUCCAUCCUCGCCCACGUCGCCGCCCGUGGCCUUUUCGGCCCCGUCACCGCCUGCAUCAAGAUGAAGAGCCUCUGCCGCCAGGGCCGCCUUGACGACGCCGAGGCGUACCUCCGGGAGCUCGAAAGCUCAGGCCUGUCCGACUAUCGCGCCGUCGCCGGCCGGAUGGUCGGCACCCUUGUCCGUGCUCUCUGCCGCGACGGCCGCUUCGAGGCUGCCGGCCGGCUGGUGGACGAGUUCGGCUCUGCCGAGGCCUAUGGCGCUUGGGUCGCCGACCUCUUGGCCACUGGGAGGCUCGACGCGGCUUUGGAGUUCUUGGGGAGGAAGAGGACAUCGGAGGACUACAUCCCGGAAACCAUCCACUAUAGCCAGCUGGUGACCCGGCUUCUGAGGGGAAACCGGCUCGGGGCUGUCUACGAUGUGCUUGUGGAAAUGAUGGAGGAAGGGAUCCCGCCAGAUCGGGCCACGAUGAAUGCCGCACUCUGCUUCUUCUGCAAGGCUGGGUUGGUGGACGUUGCUGUCCAGCUCUACAACUCAAGGAUGGAUCUUGGAAUAAACCCAACCGAGCAGGUUUACAACCAUUUGAUCAUUGCUUUGUGCCAGGAGGGGAGCAUCGACAGAGUGUGCCAGGUCUUGGAGGAAUCCAUGCAGCAUGGCUACUUUCCUGGGCGGCAGACAUUUAACAUUAUCGCCAGCAUGCUUAUCAGGGAAGGGAAGCUUGAUAAGAUGCGCAAGCUGCUCGAUGGCGCUCUCCAGAGGGACGUGAAGCCUGCCACUGUUGUUUUUGCCAGGUACAUCUCAGCUCUGUGCAAGGCUGGUGAUGUUGAAGAGGCUUGCUUGGUGCCCCAAAUGGUUGGCAAAGAGAAUACUGGUCUGGUUCGGUACAGAUCUACUUACAUCAAUUUGAUUCAGGCAUUCAUUGCAUUGAGGAGGGUAGAUGUGCUUCCUCGUCUCAUUAUCGAGAUGCAAGAGAUUGGUCACUCUCCAAGUCGGAGUCUUUAUCGCGAUGUGGUUUGCUGUUUGUGCGAAAUGGGAAAAUUCAGUGAGGUUCUUGAGCUGCUAAACAAGCAGUUGGGACGGAAUGAACUGGACCCACGGACGUGUUGCAACUACUUCAUCAAUGGGGCAGGACAUGCCAAGAAGCCCGAGAUGGCAAGGGAGAUCUAUAGCAGGAUGGAGAAUGCAGGCAUUGAACCUCAAAUAGAGAGCAAAGUUCUUGUUCUUCAGAGCUACCUGAAGAGCAAACGCAUUGGCGAUGCUCUAAGCUUCUUCUACUAUCUGCGUGAGAAAAAGGAGCCAACCAACAAAUUGUACAAUGCAUUUAUAUCUGGUCUCUGCGAAGCUGGGAUGCCAGAGCAGGCAAUGGUGUUCUGGAGGGAGGUGAGGGACAAAGGUUUGAUCCCAAGCCUCCAGUGUUAUGAGGAGCUUGUGCUCAGAUUGUGUUGUGCCAAGGAUUAUGAUGUGGCAGUAAAGGUUCUUGAGGAUUUCAGUGAAACAGGUCGCCCAGUUUCUGCAUUUAUAUGCAAUGUGCUUUUGUUGCAUAGUUUGAAGAGUCAGGAGCUUCUGUGGGCUUGGGUUCGGUCGAGAAAUAGGAAUUCAGAAGUCAAGCCAGUGGGAAUGAGUGAAGAAACAAAAGGAGCAGGACAGAUGAUGCUUGGCAAUCUUAUUGCUGCAUUUUCCGGUGGAAUCAGAAUGAGAGAGAACAUGGACAAGGUGGAAGAAUUAGUCGAAAGGUUCUUCCCCGUCGAUAUUUAUACUUACAAUAUGUUGUUGCGGGGCUUGAGUAUGGCAGGGAGGAUGGACUAUGCAUGUGAUUUGUUUCAAAGGAUAUGCAAGAAGGGAUAUGAGCCAAACCGUUUCAGUUUUGACAUUAUAGUGCAUGGUUUCUGCAAGCAUGGUAAAAGAAAGGAGGCUGAGAGAUGGAUGUAUGCAAUGUACCAGAAUGGGUUUCAUCCAACUUGGUACACAAUUAGGAUAUACAACAACACAUCUUAGCAAGCAAUAAUUUUCUGGUGAUUCAUGUGUACUCUCAUGUUUCUUGCAAUUGAUUAUGGUUCCAUGAUUCCUCUCACAGCUGAAGCAGAUUUCUACUGUUAUAGUAUAUGAUCCUGCUUCCAGAUUGUACUUGAAGUAAUUGCAUGAUCCCCACUGCCCAGUGCUGCAUUGGUUAGCAGCUUCCAAAAAAGCUUCUAAAGCUCUGGGGUCAAAUUUCCAACUGUUUCACCAUACUUCUCUGAAAUAUUAUAUGAACUGCAAUACUCUGAAUUCGAGUCAGAUGCCUGUAUCCAGUUGUGUUGCAUGGGAGCUUCAAUUAGAGCCUACAUGGAAUCACUGAAGAACAGAGGCACAUUGCUCCAAAUGGACUGUUGUGACUUGUGUUGGUUGUCAGCUUCAACUAAGCAGAAUCACUGAGUAAUGGGGGCACAUGACCCACAAUGGACUUUGGCGGUGGUUGUCUUACCUGAAGUCCUGUAAUAUUUUAUAUUUUGCCUGGUAUCAGUGCCGAGGGCUAUGGCAUACUCCUAGAAUCUAUCCUUUGACAGAAGACAUCAUGUAACUCAUAUCAGGUAAAGCUCUUCCUGUUUUCAAAAUCUUUUGCAUUAGGUAAAUACUCUCC